AUGGGCCCCUGUACCGCCUCCUCAUGCUGCUGCCAGGCCCGUAAUCUGCCAUGGGCCCCCGUACCGACUCCUCAUGCUGCUGCAGGCCCGUAAUCUGUCAUGGGCCCCUGUACCGCCUCCUCAUGCUGCUGCCAGGUCCAGAGUGUGUCAUGGGUCCCUGUACGGCCUCCCAUUGCUGCUGUCUCCAUCGCCACACUCUGCCAUGUGCCACUUUCAGGUCUCCUCACACUGCUGGUGGGUUCCAUUUUUUCAUAGGGUGCUGUAUGGCCUCCCAUUGCUGCUGCCUCCACCGCCACACUGUGGCUCCACACUCUGGUUUUGGCCCCGUGACUGCCCAAAUGAGUGAAGUGUGCGGUGAUUCUAAGAUCGACGGCACUCAUCUGCAUGUCAUACUGACUGACAGUAUUAUUUCUCUUCCCCAGCAGACUCCAAGGGCAUUUAAAUUAAAGGUACAGUGUUCUGCACUAAUAUAA